AUGAGUAUUUACUCAUUUGAGUGUUUGUAGCAAGGGUCCUCUUCGGAGUUGAUGCUUGCUAUUUAGCACCCAGAUGAUGUGCUUUAGCCUUCAGGUGUGGUCACAACUUUUAGCUAUAUCAAAGUUAUGUAAUUGCCGCUACCAAGGUAACUUGGCCGGUGGUAACAGAAUGGAGCUCACUCUGAUUGCAAUCCUCACCCUGUAAUCCAAGUUUGUACUCUUUUAAGCGAGAUUUGCAAAGAUCCCGCUUAGUGA